AUGUGUGGGUCAUUAGAAUCAACAAAGCGACAGUUUACGUAUUCUGAGAUACUAAUGAUGACAAAGAACUUUGAGAGGGUUCUUGGCAAAGGUGGAUUUGGAACGGUUUAUCAUGGCUACAUGGAACAUACUCAAGUAGCUAUAAAGAUGCUUUCAGAAUCAUCUAUUCAAGGGUUCCAACAAUUUCGUGCAGAGGUUAAUCUUCUUAUGAGAGUUCAUCAUAAAAACUUGACAAGCCUUGUCGGAUAUUGCAAUGACGAAACCAAUGUAGGGCUUGUCUACGAGUAUAUGGCCAAUGGGAACUUAUUGAACCAUCUUUCAGAUAGCAGAUCAAGUAUCUUGACUUGGGAAGAUAGACUUCGAAUAGCAACAGAUGCUGCACAAGGAUUGGAGUAUCUGCAUUGUGGUUGUAAGCCGCCUAUAAUGCACAGAGAUGUGAAAUCAACAAACAUCUUGCUGAAUGAAAAUUUCCAAGCCAAAAUAUCUGAUUUUGGACUGUCUAGAAAUUUCCCUACUAAUGAUGGAACUCAUGCAUCCAGCCUUCUUGCUGGCACUCCUGGCUACCUUGAUCCUGAGUAA